UUAAGGACCGUCGACAUGGACAGCGACAAUCAUCUAGAGCUAGUUUCGCCUCCAGACGAGACAUCUCCUCCUAUUCAAGAAAGAAAGCUUAAACGAUUGAAGAAGGUGAAAACAGUUUCGGAAAAUCCAUCCUCAUUUGAAGCUCUGGAUUUCCGUACACCGGAGCCCCAACUAGUUGAGGAACCGAAAUCGCGAUCUGUGUCAGAGGGUUCUUUUGACGAGAAAAAUGAAUCGAGUUCUGGCUUUGAUGAGUUAGGCGUUGAGGGAAACGGGUCGGGUUCAGUUGCUAAACGUGCUUUGGAUUUUGAUACAAUGACCGAGGAGGUUGAUGGAACCGUCGAAGGUCAGAGUCAAGAUAAAGGAAUUAGGGAUUUCGAACCGGAGGAGUCAGAAAAGAAACGGCCUAGUUUCGAAGAAACGGAGAGUAGAAGAACGAAAAAGAAUAAGAGAGUGAAAGGCGUUGGCGAUGGGGAGAUGCCCAUCUUACCCGAAAGAAGAACUGCGAAGGAAAGAAGAGAAUAUCUUGUCCAACUUCGUGCCGAAUCUCAGAGACUGCUCCGAGAAACUACACAUGCUGCAUUUCAACCUGCACCGAUUGUUCAAAAGCCCAUAUCAUCAGUUUUAGAGAAGAUUCGGCGGAGGAGGCUUGAGGUUGCAAGAAAGACAUAUUUUGACAUUGAUGAUCAUGAUGGGAGUUCCAGCAAGGAUAUGGCAGGGACUGGAUUUGAAGAUGUAGCAGAGGAUGAAAGAGGCAAUGAAAGGGAGUUUAUGGAAGUUGAAAGCGAGGAGACAAUUGUAAAAUAUGGGAUUUCAGAUACCUUGUGCUCUGAUGAAAUAAAGAAUGCUGAGAAUGGCUCAAGUCAUGGAAAUCUUUCACCACAGGUUGUGAGUUCCUCUGACAAUGAGAACAAUGACAAGGAGAACAUUGAUCCACAACCACAUGAGUCUGUUGAGUUGUCUCCAACAACUAAUGGUGACCCUGUUAAAGCAUUUGUUGAUGAAGAGGCUGAAGAAGAAGAUGACAGUGACCAUGACUUAGGUCGCUUCCAAGAUGAUAACAAUGAGGAUGAUGAAGAUGCGGAAGAUAUAGAAGAACUUAGGGAUAUGAUAGCAACUGGAUAUGAAGAAAAGCAAAGUGAUGUUGAUAGGCGAAUGGAACUCCAUCAAAAGCUGCUUGACCAACAGGAUGCUGCUAAAACAGCGCAACUAUUACGAAAAUGGGGUCCAAAGCACAGAGAAGCAGCGUUGCUUGAUGAUGAAGGAUUUGAGGAAGAUGAAGAGGAAGAGGAAGAGGAUGGAGAGGAGUUUUCUGAAAAUGAAGAAGAUUCACGUCCAGUAAACAUGCGCAUGCAUAUAAAAAAGAUAAAGGAAAUGCUACCACAAAUGUUCACUGAUAAGGAUGACAUGUACAUAUCAUCGGAUGAAGAAGAAACAGAAAAAAAGCUUGUUGAACAAUCCCUGUCUGACAAAGCUAAUCAGCAGGCUGGGCUUCUGCCUCCAUCAAAGGAUGCAAGAUCGAAAAAACUCUUUGGUUAUAUAAAGGUCAACAAUAUGCCUGAAACCAGAAAAAAAGCCAAAACAUCAUCCUUUUCUAAUAUGCUGUUCAUGGGGAAAAAAGGGAAUGAGUCCUCAAAGUCAUCUUUCAUUGGUCGGGGGUCAAAUUGUUCUAUACCAUCAUCUACCAAGCAAGGAUCGGGCAUCUUACGUUCAUUUGUAUUCGAACGUGAAGACAAUAAUAGCAAAAGCACAACCACAAUGGCUGAAAGUUCUGAAGUGAAUCGAACGGAGAAUCGACCAAAGAAAAAUGGUGCAUCAGCCAAGUUCAGCAAUUCACAGAUCAGAUCAAGUGCUCAACGAAGAAAAGAAGAGAUGGAAACAAGUUCAGGAGUUCAAUUAUUGGAAAUAUUGACGAAGUCCUCUUCUCUGCAAACAAGUGAGUGCAGUGGUAGUAAGAGAAGUAUUGUUGGCCAUACCGAAUCCAUAUUUGCUGCAUUCAAGCUGGAAAAGAAAUCAGUAGGAACUAAGAGGCCGAAUGUAUCUGUAAAGCCUCUCUAGAUUAUUUAGCACUCAACGAUUUUAUAUCAAAUGCAAAGUCCAAUUCCAACCCAUUUCUCUGUUAAGUAAACGUAUUUUACUUUC